UUGUGUGAUACGCCAUCGGUUGAAUGUGGUCUUGCCAUUACCCCGCCCCAAUGCACCAAUAAGGAUGCCUCUACUCAACAGCAAACAUCUCUAUGGUUCAGUUUGCAGGACACCCCCCGGUCACAUAUAAAAAACACACACACAGCAAUGCAGUCGCAACCGGAAAAGGCAAAAUCGAUCUUCGAAUUCAGCGCCGCCGAUCUCAACGGUAACGAGGUCCCGCUCCAACGCUACCAGGGCACGGUCUGUCUGAUCGUGAACUUCUCCACCAAGGAUGCCGCCUUCGACAAGGUGUUGGCGCUUCUCACGCCCCUCUACCGAAAGUAUCACAACGAGUCUCGGAAAGACCUGAACAUCCUGUUCUUCCCAUGCUUCCAGUUCGGCUCCAAGGAGACGCCGGACGAGAUAGUGGCCCGGUUCGAGGGCGCCACCAACGGCGACGGUUCACCGAUCGGUGAGAUCUUCGCCGAGAUCGAGGUGAACGGUUCGAAGGCACCGGGUCUGUAUCGGUAUCUGAAGUCGCGCAAGGCAGGCAACUGUGGCGGGUUCGUGAACAGCAACUUUACCCUCUUUCUCACCGAUCGCCAUGGCGUGCCGGUGGAAAGGUUAAACGCUGGAAUUCAUCCUUACAUGCUCGAGGAUAUGAUCGACGGUUUGCUACGCUAACGAAUCGCCGGAG